CCGCACAGCAAAUCAUUGAUGGGUAGCCAUUUGUAAAGUCGCAACGUCUUCUAUAUUUAAAUUUAAAAUUAAUUUGCGCGGGAUUUUUUUCUUUUUUUAAGAAUGAAUCUACGACUUCAUGUAUUUUUUGGCCAGUUACUUUGGUUGAUUACUUUUUUGAGUGGUAAGAAUCUUCAAAGUGUGCCAGGAUAUGGACGUAAUUUAAUUAUCAAGGCUUUACCUGCUAUAGAAGAUUAUCAAAGCAAUGUCUAUGAAGUUUUUAUGGAGCCCUACUUAUAUGAACUUGGCAAUCCUUAUCCAAUAACUGGCGAUCGAUCGGAAAAACAAAUCGACCUGGCUGUUGCUCAUUCUACUGGCCUCCAGGCUAUUGUACACCUGGAGGCUGAUCAGGAGUCUGGAGUGGAAGGAGAAUUGGUCUUCACACAAAUCAUCCCCAACGGUCCUGUGACUAUACAGGGAAAUAUAACAGGUCUACCCGCUGGUCUUCAUGGGAUUCACGUUCACCAAACUGGGGAUAUCAAGGGCAAUUGUCAAAAUAUUGGACCCCACUUCAUUGCGUAUUAUGGACGUCACGGAGGUCCAAGGGAUCAGAUCCGCCACGUCGGAGACCUCGGCAACAUCAAGGCAGAAGACGGCACUCUCGAAGUCAAGAUAAUAGACCACAUCAUAUCACUGACUGGACCCCGAUCUGUAGUUGGCAGGUCUAUAGCGAUAACCAAAAGCGAGGACGACUACGGCAGGGCUGGCACAGAAGACAGUGCAUUAACUGGAACAUCAGGACCAGCUAUCGCAUGUGGCGUUAUUGGUUACCUCAAUUAGGGUUUUAUAAAAUUAUAGUUAAUUAUAACAAUAGUAUUUAUCACAAUGAGUGCCGCAAACAGAAUCACAUAAGAUUUUCGCUUCUCCUGAUAUCAAGAAUGAACAGUUUGGUUUUUGAAACAUAAUAUUUUUUUUUGGAAACGUAUUACAUAAUAAACUAAAUUAUUUAGUAAC